AUGAGAGAUAAAGUGCAACACAGCAAGAGAAGGAAACUGCUGAGCCAUGCGUUUUCCCAAUCCAAUUUAUAUGAGUGCGAGCCACUUAUUCACAAGCAAAUUGAAAAGCUUAUCACAGUGCUCCAGAGCCGGAUUGGAAAACCUACAGAUAUGCUCAAUUGGUUCAGGCUCACAGCAUUUGAUGUUGUUGGAGAACUUUUCCUCGGGCAAUCAUUUGGCGGCCUUGAAUCGGGAGAAACACCUCAGUUUCUCAGUGAUAUUGAGUUGUUCUUCAUCCUUGCUGACAUACAGUGGAAUUAUCCUUGGCUUGCAAUCGCCCUCUCCUGGGUACCAUUGAAGUCAGUCCAGUAUUUCCUGGGAGCGAUGCAAAGACUUGCGGACUAUGGCGCAAAAGCAUUUAACAGCUAUGUCGGACUAUAUGGACGAGAAUCUGGGCGCAAAGACCUCUUGACGAAGAUUCUAUCAGUGAAAGCUGAGACCGGGGAAAGUCAACUCGGCGACAGAGAAACAUCGAUCGAGAUUGGAAACCUCGUCUUCGCUGGCACAGUAGAUACUACCAGCACUACUCUGACUUUCCUGUUCUGGGAGCUAGCAAAACAUCAGGCAUGGCAAGCUAAGCUUCGGACGGAGGUUCGAGCUCAUUGUGGCAACUCUCCAACUUUCCAAGAAGUUCAAGAUCUACCUAUACUAGAGGCAGUUAUCGAUGAAGCUCUAAGGUUACACCCGGCGGCUCCAGCAAGUCUGCCCAGAGAAACACCCACAGGUGGUCGAGAACUCAAUGGGUUUUUUAUUCCCGAAAAGACAAUCGCGUCUAUGCAAUGCUACACGACGCAUAGAGAUCCCGUUGCCUUUCCAGAUCCCGAAGCUUUCAAGCCGGAGAGGUGGAUGGAAGGGAAUGAUGUUACAACCGAGAUGAAAGAGCUUUUUAUGCCAUUCUCCAAAGGAUCGAGAGCAUGCAUAGGAAAGAAUCUUGCAAUGAUGGAGUUGAAGCUGAUCACCGCUCGGUUGAUCAAGCAGUUCAAGUGUACUGUAGCACCUGUCACUACUGAGGACUCGAUGGCAACUAUGGACCACUUUCUGCUGAUACCUGUUGGAGGGAAAUGCGAGCUGAUCUUUGAAGUGGCCUGA